AUGACAACAUCAAUGGAUAUUGAAUUAAUUUUAUUCAAAAUUAAAGAUCAAUAUUUUGAUAUUGACGCAAGAUUAAUUAAAAAACAUCUGACAUCUGCAUUGUAUACGACAAUUACCACAAAUAUUAGAACAUCAAACAAGAUUAAACAUAUAGUAAAUGAAAGAGACGUUGAACUAGAUUGUUUUGAUAUAGGCGAAAGAAAUUUAACGAUAUUCGAAUUGGUCAUGAAAUUUUACAAAACUGAAGCUAAUGAUCUAUAUGACUUUAUAAAUAUGAUUGUAAAAUUAGCAAAGGAAUAUGUAAAAGGUUAUAAACGCAUGACAUUAAUUGAAUUUCCAUAUUGCGAUAAUACUAAAGUUGAAGAGUAUAUACCUUUAAUUGAAAUCAAUAUUGCGGAGAAAUGUCUUAAAUUUAAAUAUGAAAUAUCAAAAGAAUAUGUAUUAGAAAAAAUUGAAAAGAAAUUUAGAUAA